AUGAGGAAGGCUCGGUUUGUGAAGGACUGCGCCUCGUACAUGCAGAACUGCCCCACCCCUGCGCGCGACGUGUUCACGCACGCGUCACACAUGGUGUCGUCGCUGGUGGUGGUGCCGCUGCUGGUGGACGAGCGGGCGCUGGGGGCGCUCUACUUUACGCAGGACGCGCCCUGCGACUUUUCAAAUAUACAGGAAGCUCUUCUGGGCUUUGUGCACGCGGUGACGCUGACGCUGCACAACAAGCUUGCGGGGCAGAUGGACGUCCUCUCAGGGAUGGUGGAGGAGGCCAACAAGGGCAGCAAGUCCUUCGAGCUCCUGUCCGACCACGGGACCGCCCACGUCAUCCGCCAGCUGGACACGUCAUCGUCAGAGUCCGAUGACGACGACUCUGAGCUCCACCCGCCCCACGACGGCGCGUCGACGGGCAGCGCCCCGCCGCCGCCGGCGUCCAACGGGCGGCUGUCCAAGGUUAGCAGCCGGCGGCUCUGCACCGAGGCAAUGCUCAAGGUGCUUCAGCAGGAGAUCCGGAAGGGGAAGAGGCGGAGCGUCGAGCUCAGCUUUGUCGGGGACCAUCUGGUCAUCGGCGCUGUCAUUGGGCGCGGCGGGUACGGCCACGUGUACCGCGGCAGCUGGCACAAGCGCCCCGCGGCCAUCAAGGUCAUGAACACGCGCAACAGCGACAGCGACGCGGUGUCUGACGCGAUGGAGAUGGCGGUGCUGUCCAGUGUGCAGCACCCCAACAUCGUCCAGGUCUACUCCUGCCUCACAGACAUGGUCGAGGCGCCCGCGGCUGGCGUAGAGAGCAGCUCCCAGAGUUUCAGCAGCGGCGCGAGCGCGAGCGCCGGCCUGGGCCAGCGCGGGCUGCAGUACAGGCGCAUGCUGCCGGAGGAUGACGACGGCCCCACUUACUCGAUCAUAGUCAUGGAGUACUGUGACAGGGGCACGCUGGGCGACGCGGUGCGGCGGGCGAGGCUGUUCCACCAGCCGCUGGAGGACGGCUCCAUCGGUGUCGACCUCGCGUCAGUCAUAGACAUCCUGAUUGACGUGGCCAACAGCCUGGAGUACCUCCACGGGAUCUCAUUGCUGCACGGCGACGUCAAGCUCGACAACGUGCUGCUCAAGACUGACCCCCUGCGUCCGUUGGGGUUUGUGCCCAAGCUGGCUGACUUUGGUUUGACCAAGAUCAUCCGCGGCGACGACCAGGUGGUCAAUCACAGCGGCGCCGGCACCGUCACGCACCUCGCGCCAGAGAUGUUCCAGGCCGGCACGCGCGUCACCACCGCCGUCGACGUCUACGCGUUUGGGACGCUUAUGUGGGAGAUUUACACGAGCAGGCGCCCCUGGCAAGGCCUAUCCCGCGAGGCUGUCAUAGACCGCGUCUACCGCCGCGGCGCCCGCCCCUUCUUCCCCGCCGGUGCGCCACCCGCGUACGUCGACCUCGCCACCGCCUGCUGGGCCGCGAGCCCCGCGGACCGGCCGGCCUUCGCCGACAUCGUCGCCGCACUGCAGAGCAUGGCCGACGAGCUUGCCGAGGCCGCCGCCGCGCAGUGGCACGCCGCGCCCGCGCCGCCGCCGCCCCCGCCUUUUGUGCUGGCGGCGCCCGCGCCGCUCGGCGGCUGCCGCGAGGGCGGCGCCGGGGCGGGGUACGCCGCGGCGCUGCAGAUGGGGCAGAUGGUGGGGAUGGUCCCAGGCGCGUGGGCGGCGGCCGGGCCCCUGCCGCCGGCGCUCGUUGCAUCCGCCGGAGGUGUUGUCUGA